GGAAUUUAUCCGGAUAGGUCCGUCCACCUGAGCCAGAGUGACUCUUGGGGCAACAUGGGGCAGUCGGGCUCCAAGGGCAGUAGCAAGGACGAGUUCACAUACGAAGACUCGGACGAAGGGUUCACGGAUGCGUUGAAGAUUAAUCUUCAGCGUCUCAUUGCGUAUGCCAAGAGUGCCGACGCCAACUUGCAGCGUGAAGUAGCCGAGAAACUCGCGAACGAGGCCGUCAAGCCGGACCGUCAAGUACAGAUCGUCGAAUUGGAUGGACUCCAGCUCUUGCUCCCUUUAACGGAAUCGAAAGACACUGAAGUCCAACGUCUGGCGGCGCAUGCCCUGGCGAAUUUGUCGGUGAAUUCGGACAAUCAAACGAAGAUGGCCAACGAAGGCGGCAUCGACAUGCUUAUCCACUUACUCCAGUCCAACAACGAGCACGUCCAGCGCCAAGCGGCAAAGGCCCUCGCGAACCUCGGCGUGAAUGUCGACAACAAGGAAAAAAUCGCCAAAGCAGGAGGAAUCAAGCCCUUGAUCGAGUUGGCCCGGUCAAAACAAGUUGGUGUGGCAGUCGAAGCCAUUGCUGCGUUAGCCAACUUGGCCGUGAACGAUGCCAACGAGAUCGAAAUUGCGCAGGAGGGCGGGUUGAAGCCCAUCAUCCAAGCAGCCAAGUCAGAUUCAAUGGAGUUGCAGUCCCAAGUUGCCCGGGCGCUGCGCAAUCUUUCCGUGAACCCUGACAAUAAGGAGCUCAUUCUCCAGCUCGGCGGCGUCGAUGCGCUGCAAAACUUGGUCCGAUCGCCCAACGAGCGCAUCUGCCAGCAAGCCACUCGGGCUCUGGUAAACCUCGGCGUCAACACAGCGGACUAGACCCGUUUGCAUUGUUCUCGAUACACCGACCGCAAGACAUUGUAUGAGUUGAAUGCAUCUUUUAUGGAGACAGUCACUUUCUGCCGACGGACAAGAGUUUCGAGCCGGUCUGACGUAAAACAUUUACCCCUAGCGCUUCC